AUGCAGUUUCAAUCCGGGCGGCGUGUAGCAUCCAAAGCCUUCGUCAGUUGGACGCAAGCCGUUGUUGUGAAGCCCAGACAUGACUACAUUGUCGGUAUUCGAGAGCGACCUGAAGCGAAGGGUGAAGAUUUCAACGCCCUUGUCGAUGUUAUGGAACAUUCACUGAACUCUCAUGCGGAACUCAUCAGCUAUCCUUCUACCCUCAAUCACACGGAUGCGAGCUAUCCAGAUGCGCAGAAGAGGGGCAAUACUUACCGCAAGAUCAGAGAUAACUUGAAAACGCUCACAGGCAAGGUCUGCCAUAAACAAUGUAGUGUCAACCGAGCACUCCAAGAUGGGCUUGUCGAAUACCCCAAGAACAAUGAGUGGCGCAGUAAGUAUUUCCCAAUCAAUCCGCACCCACGAGGUUUCAAACCCAACAGUUGUAAAUGUCAGCCACCUAAGGAUUUCUAUGAGCUCAUGGCAGGACAAGUCGCGCAUUUUUUCGCAAACAGUCACAAGAUGAUUGGAAACUAG